CAGCCCAGUUCCAGUAUAGGAAAGUGGCCAGCAUGUGAAAGCGACAGAAUGGUCAUGGAUGAUGAUGCGGAUGACGCUGAAUCCAACACAUGUUUUGGGCACGUGGGCCAUGAUUGUUGGUCUCGUUUGAUGUAAUCUCAGCCGUCCGAUUAAUCCUUCAAUUCUCUAUAUAUACUAUAUAUAUGUGUAGCUGCUUAUUCACUCCCCACAAAUCUAUCGUCUCUCUUUCAAUCAUUCCUCUCUUUCUUUUUAGCCUACAAAAGCUUCUGGAUUUGAGAAGACAACUUCUACCUCUUCUGCUCCCAACAAUGUCGUGUUUAAACAUUUGCAAACAGGGGGCAGUGGAAAAGAAGAUCAUCGAAAAGGAGGAAGAAAUAUGCACUCUAGACGGAUCUGUUGAUCGACAAGGUCGUCCUGCAGUUAGAGGAAGAACUGGAACAUGGGUUGCUGGAAUUCUUAUACUUGUGAAUCAAGGACUGGCCACGUUAGCAUUCUUUGGAGUGGGAGUGAACCUGGUUUUAUUUCUGACAAGAGUGUUGGGCCAAGACAAUGCGGAAGCAGCCAACAAUGUGAGCAAGUGGACUGGAACAGUCUAUAUUUUCUCUCUUCUUGGCGCCUUCCUUAGUGAUUCUUACUGGGGAAGGUACAAAACCUGUGUAAUCUUCCAAGCCAUCUUUGUCAUCGGUCUCGUGCUAUUAUCAAUUUCGACCUACCUGUUUUUACUGAAGCCUAGUGGUUGCGGUGUUGAACAAACUCCAUGUCGAUCACAUUCAAGCUUCGGAAUUGCUCUAUUCUACCUCUCCAUAUACUCCAUAGCCCUGGGAAAUGGAGGAUAUCAACCUAAUAUUGCCACUUUUGGAGCAGAUCAGUUUGAUGGAGAAGACACUAAAGAAGCACAUUCCAAAAUAGCCUUCUUUAGUUACUUUUACUUGGCCUUGAACCUGGGCUCUCUAUUUUCAAAUACCAUAUUGGGUUACUUUGAGGAUGAAGGGAUGUGGGUUCUGGGGUUUUGGGCAUCCACUGCUUCUGCUGCUCUAGCUUUAAUCCUCUUUCUUUUGGGGACUCCUAGGUAUAGGCAUUUCAACCCCAAAGGAAACCCUCUCUUCAGAUUUUCCCAAGUCUUGGUUGCUGCAAUCAGGAAAUGCAGAGUUCAAAUGGAGUCAAAGGAAAACCAUCGCUUCCAACUUCACCAAAAUGAUCAGGAUGAGACCAGAAAGAUUGUCCAUACCCAAGGAUUCAGAUUGUUGGAUAGAGCAGCAGUCCUCACAUCCAAAGACUGUGAAGAGAAGGAUAAGAACGGUGUUUACAAUCCAUGGAGACUUUGUUCUGUGACACAGGUUGAGGAAGUUAAAUGCAUACUGAGACUCCUCCCAAUCUGGCUAUGCACAAUCCUUUACUCAGUAGUUUUCACACAAAUGGCCUCAUUGUUUGUGGAACAAGGUGCUGCAAUGAAAACUACCGUCUCAAGCUUCCAUAUUCCCCCAGCAAGCAUGUCGAGUUUCGACAUAAUCAGCGUAGCGGUCUUUAUUUUCAUCUACCGCCGGGUUCUUGAUCCCGUUUUUGCAAGAAUAAAAACAAAAGGCAAAGGUCUAACGGAGCUUCAAAGGAUGGGAAUUGGUCUUGUAAUAGCGAUAAUGUCAAUGAUCUGUGCAGGAGGAGUUGAGAUUUUCAGGUUGAAGUAUGCAGGAAAAAAAUGUGAAAGUGCUAGUUGUUUAAGCAUAUUUUGGCAAAUUCCUCAGUACGUGCUGAUAGGAGCAUCAGAAGUUUUCAUGUAUGUUGGUCAAUUAGAGUUUUUUAAUGGACAAACACCAGACGGAUUAAAGAGCUUCGGUAGCGCACUAUGCAUGACAUCAAUCUCACUUGGAAACUAUGUGAGUAGUUUGCUAGUGAUAAUUGUUAUGAAAAUAUCUACAAGAGAUGAUAUGCAUGGAUGGAUCCCUGGAAACCUUAACAAAGGUCAUCUCGAUAGGUUCUUUUUCCUUCUAGCAGCUUUAACAACGGCUGAUCUUGUGAUUUACAUCAUCUGCGCUAAAUGGUAUAAGUAUAUCAAGUUUCAGGGAAACAUCAACAAUGGAGACCUUCAAGUCUGAUUUUCGCAGACACACAGACACAAGCCAAGACAGCGUUGACUUAAUUUAAUCAUGGAUUGAUGAGCUGAAUAAUAAAUAAAUUGAAAAAGGGAGUUGUAGCUAGCUAUUAUUACAAGGCAUUUAUCUGCAAUGAAACUGUAGAUGGAUGCAUCUCCAGGUUGAGCACAAUGUAAUGUAACAAUUCUGAAUAGUUAGAUACAUCAAUAUAUUCAUUUGUAAUUAAUCAAA